AUGGUCGAAAAUCCAUUUCGAUUGGUAGAGUUGGGCGAAAAGAAUUCAACUCGGAAUCAUUUAGCAAUUAGCAUUUUAUGUACUGAACCAACUCAACUGUCUGAAUAUGAUCAAUUUAUUCGAUAUUGUCGAUUAUUAUGCAAAGAAAGCGAUGAACUAGACCACAUUUCUGAAUUCGAGCUUAGAUACAAUUCAGAUCAAGCCGUUCAAUGGUAUACUCGACCAUCUGGUUUUCCAUCUAAAUUAGUGAAUAGAAUUUGUCGAACAGAAAACCCUCGUUCGAUUUGGAAAAUUCGAUAUUUCCUUAAGCAUCUUCAUGAACAGUUAUCACAAAUUUAUCAAAAGAGUCUUUUUUGGUUACCAAAAUCCGUUGUUGUCUAUCGUGGUCAAACACUAUCAUCUCAAGAAUUUCAACAGCUAGUUCAAUGGAAUAAAAAAACUAUUCUAACAACAACAUAUCUCUCAACAACAAGUGCUUAUGAUACAGCUGCUGCAUUUGCUGAUUGUGAUAUUCAGUCCCGUCAAUCAUUAUCAAAAGAUCAAAUAUCGAUUAUUUUUACAAUUACACUACGAACAAAACAUACUCGCUCAAGACCAUUCGCAUACAUUCAAGAAUAUAGCCAUGUUAGGGAUGAGAAGGAAAUAUUAAUCUCAAUUGGAACGAUAUUUUCAUGCAUGGAUAUAUGCAAACGAGGAAUUAACUUCUACGAAAUAUCCCUGAUUCAUGAUCAAUAUGAGGAAGAAAUGGAAAAGAAUAUACAAUACGAAGCAAUAAAAUCCUACCGUCAUCCAACAGCAACAACAAUAGGUGAUUUUUUAAUGUUGAUGAAUAUUCCAAGUACACUAGACAAUGAUUUUUAUGAUCAAUCAUUGAUAUCAUUGGUAGAACGAUACUCGCAAUGCAACUUAGAAGAUGUUGUUGAUUUAGAAUAUCGUUUAAUGAAUAUAUUAAAUUUGCCUGUAGAUGUAACACCUGAUCAUUUAGUGAUAUGGCUCGACACUUAUAUUGGCCAAGAUUAUGUUUAUAUUGAUCUAAAACGUACGUUAGAAAAUGCGAUAGAUCUCAACCCUGAUGGACUUCUUACCUACUCGAAAAUAGAUGCACUCAUCCUAUGUAAACAAACUAAUACGCUCCCAGAGAGACUAAUAAUCCCUGUUACAACAAUCGAAGAAUGUUUAGAAUUGAUUGAUGAAAAUCGACACAAAAAAAUAUUUCUAAUAAGUUCUGGUACGCUAGGUCAACACCUUGUGCCUUAUGUAUUAAAUUCUGGGCGAUCUUUGGAAAAAAUUUUUAUUUUCUGCCACCAUAUAGCCAAUCAUGUUGACUGGGCAAUGGACUUUACUGAUCAGUUACUUAUGUGUGAUUUUCAUACUCAUCUAUUUUCACGUGUUGUAUAUGAGAUUGGUAUGUAUUACCAGAACCAAGCAUUGCAUUUCAGUGAUUCAAAUCAACAUUCCCAAGCAUUAUCUUGUCUAUAUUAUUGUCACAAGCAGCUCGUGCGAGCGAAUCGUCUUUUUGGUCCACCAGCGCCGUACUCUUUGAUAACAGUCGAACAAUAUAUUGAAAGAGAAAAAUUGCAGCAGUUCAAGCACUGA